GGUGCCAAGUAUUCCAUCUUUAACUAAAAUUGUUGGGUGCAUGUCCCAAUUUAUACUUCUAGUUUCAAUCAUAAUUUAACACUUGACAGUGCUUUGAAUAACAGAACCAUGUGAUUCAUCAAAAUGUUAUUGUCUCACCAAAUUUCAUGUCGUUGCUUAUCUCCAAAUCUUGCUGAGUAAAUCUAUCUCUAUAUAUAUGCAUGCAGCAUCUCAGAAUCUUUCAUCAAGUUUUCACAACACAUUAUCCAUCAACAAGUAGUUUCUUCUAAAAAAGGAAAAAAAAAUCCACAUUCUCAGAAAACUAUGGCUAUUCGUUUGCCUUCUUCGGUGAUUCAUGCUAAACGUGUCCUCAGCCGGUCUCUUUCAGGUGGCAAAAAAGUGUCUGGAAAUGUGCAAAAAGGGUAUCUUGCAGUGUAUGUUGGAGAAGAGGAGCAAAAGAAGAGAUAUAUGGUUCCUAUAUCAUACUUGCAUGAACCUGCUUUUCAACAAUUGCUAAGUGAAGCCGAGGAAGAAUUUGGAUUUAAUCACUCAAUGGGAGGUCUAACAAUUCCUUGCAGUGAAGACAUCUUUUGCAGUGUGACUUCUCAGUUAAAAAGUUAGAAAGCAAGCAGGUUCAUCAUUCAUUUCACAUGCUUUUCUUUCCACCGAUAUGCCAAAAGCAUGCAACACCAAAAAUGCAAAAGCUACUUGAAUCGAGUGGCAGUCAGUAGCAGAUCGCAACAGCUUGAGAGCAAAUUGAUCUGGCUAUGAUCUUUGCAGCCAUUUCAGAUGGACUAGGACCAAGGAUUUCAAUCCAUUCUGCUGUUGAAUUUUGCUGAAAUGGAGACCAAGCAUCUUGGAUAUCACUUCAUGCUUUAUCCAACUGAUGAUCACACAAAAUCCCAUAAUGGAUAGAGUUGAUCGUGAGAAUUUGAGUUGAUGAUCAAAAAGCUGAAAAUGCACCAUCAGCUCUAUGUAAUUUUGUAUAAGAGUACUGAGUUGUUCCAGAAAUAUUAUAAACAUUUUUUUAUAUUUAUGAAAUAAACAUCAUCAGUUGAUGGCAAUAUGUGAAUUCUUAUUUAGCA